GAAACCAGGGGGGAGGGCGGCAGGGGGAGAGAGAAGAGAUUAUGGGGAAAGAGUAGGAGUUUAAAGCUGCUGUAUCUCUGCUCUUGGCCUGGAGGAACAGAGGGAGGUGUGGAUCUCGGUGUUGCACUUUGAACCUGCCAGGGGGAAGGGAAUGAGUGCUGUGUGUCUCUGCUACCCCAGCCACUCUCUGCUUUGAACCUGAAGGGCCAGCUGUGGGCCUGUCUGCUGUGCUGGGGAAGGAGGGCUAAGCAGGGGGUGCAGAUGGAGGCCCUCUUCGUGCGAGACAGCCAGCUGCUCUGGAGAACGCUCUGCAAGGAGCGACUCUGCCUUCGGAAGUUCUCGGCAACUUUCCUGGCAGCCAAGCUCCAGCCACCUUUGCUGAGCAGCCCCAGAGCUAGCCCGUGUGUGUGGGCUACAGCUCACCCCGCUGCAGCUGGCUCCCUGCCUGGCUUCCACCGUGGGGGCUUGGAGAGCCUGCUCGCUGGGCAUGGUGCCCCUGGCCGCUUUCUCGCUGGUUCUAGCUUCAAUAUGCCUCCCAGUGCUCAAUUCGUAGCCAGGCCCGUGGGGGUCUGCUCCAUGAUGAAGCUGCCCGUCCAGACUUCACCAGAGGGACUAGAUGCCGCUUUUGUUGGGGUGCCCCUUGACACGGGAACCUCCAACCGGCCUGGUGCAAGGUUCGGGCCUCGCCAUAUUCGAGCCGAGUCAGGCAUGGUGAGAAUAUAUAACCCCAGCACUGGGGCAGCACCUUUCCAUUCCCUCAUGGUUGCUGACAUUGGUGAUGUGAACGUGAACCUCUACAACCUGCAGGACAGCUGCAGGCAAAUCCGAGAAGCCUAUCAGAAGAUUGUGGCAGCCGGCUGCAUUCCCCUCACGCUGGGUGGCGAUCAUACAAUAACAUACCCAAUCCUGCAGGCCGUGGCAGAAAAGCAUGGUCCCGUGGGACUGGUGCACGUGGAUGCUCAUACCGACACAGGAGACACAGCGCUGGGGGAAAAGAUCUACCAUGGGACGCCAUUCCGACGCUGCGUGGAUGAGGGGCUCCUGGACUGCAAACGCGUGGUUCAGAUUGGAAUCAGAGGCUCCUCCUACACCCCAGAUCCCUACAAAUACUGCCGGGACCAGGGUUUCCGUGUUGUCCUGGCUGAAGACUGCUGGCUGAAGUCAUUGGUACCACUGAUGGGGGAGGUGAGAAAGCAGAUGGGAGCCAAGCCUAUUUACAUCAGCUUUGAUAUUGAUGGAUUGGACCCUGCAUAUGCCCCAGGCACAGGGACACCUGAAAUUGCUGGUCUCACACCUGCUCAGGCUUUGGAGAUCAUUCGUGGGUGCCAAGGACUGAAUAUAGUGGGAUGCGACCUUGUUGAAGUUGCACCAAUAUAUGAUGCUUCUGGUAACACAGCCCUCAUGGGAGCGAAUCUGCUGUUUGAAAUGCUGUGCGCACUCCCGCGAGUCAAAACGAUUUAAAGCCGUGUAGGGCGGGCUCCAGCUUAGGCAAAUCAAGUCACGACCACUCUCUCUUCACCUACAAGAUGAGUUUAAUAUUCACAGCCUUUCCACACAAGUACUUCGACAUAAUAUGAAUGAAGAAAAAAAGCCUGAAUGGAACAACUCAGUCAGAUUUUGCUUUUAAUUUCCACCUUCCCUCACCUCUGCAGUUAGCUUUCCCUUGCCCCUUCUCUAAGCUUUGUGGUAAAGAAUAAAAACCAUUCCUCAUCAGACAGUCAUUUCAAGCUCCUCGUAUGCUAUAAGCAGCAGCUAGCAUAGAUGCUGGAAUUGCUGGGGGGGGGGGGAGGCUUAAUGUUCAUGUUGCUGUAGUAAUAUGGCUUAGCAGUAUAUGUGCAUAUAGACUUAGGGUCUAAUGAUGGCAGCUGGAAUUCUUUCAAUAUCAAAACUGGCACCUAUGAUCUAAAAUGGGGGGUUCUUUUGGAAGUGCAUAGUAAAGAUUUUUUUCCACUAAACGUAAACCUAGGAGGGGAGUAAUAUACAGACAUAAUGUAACAUCCUGGGUCCCUUCCAUGGGCAUGGAAUAGAAGUUCUUUUGGCUGCUUUAUGCAGUGGAUCCAAACUGGCACUAGCUCCAAGCCCUACCUUAGGAGAGGACUUAUGCCAAGGCACUGUGUUCUCUCUCGCAGUGAUGGGACGUUUCUAAACCUCAUUUAUGCAUGAUUUUCCUAGGGCCCAUAGCUGUUAGCCUUCAAGAGGGCAAUAGGAACAUUGACUAAAAUACAGGGCAGCUUUUGGAAACAGUUGUCCUUGGUUAAGCAGCCCUGUUGCCUGAGUGGAAAUAACUAGCCCAUUGUAUUUGCUAAAUUACAAGCAGUUAACAGCCAUUGAACUUUUGCAAUUAACUCACAUACGCCACAAAACGCAUUGUCUGUCUAUUAAAAUGCAAGGCCACCUCAUCAUCUCACAUUAAAAUAGUUUAUUUCAGUUGCGAAUCUGUAAUAAUCUUAAAACAAAAUGACAUUAUCAGUGCCUGUUCACAAAUACAAAAACAAAAAUUAAAAAAAGAUAUUUGCCAAAUAAAUUAUUUCCCCCCCCCAAGAGUAUCAAAAGUGCAAAAUAUUUACCUGCUUUUCAAUCCAAUCUCCCAGGCAGCAUUAUUGUAUUAGUUCCUGGCAAGCUUUUACUGACCACAUAUGUGACCACCAUCGCUGUGAAGCUGCUGUGUACCACACUCAGUCAAGGGGAAAGGGCAGGUACAGUAUUUGGACUCUAGGCUACGUUUCCCUGUGUUGUAAGUAUGUUUUGCUUCAGUUUCUAGGAGUUUUAUGUUUAAAAAGCUUAUAUUUAGGUUUCUCGCAGAGCAGUACAUUAGCACUGAAAACUUCCUCGCUCUUAGCUCAAGAAAGUACCAUGCACAAAUUGAGAAUGGCCGAGUGCAUUUCCUUCGCUAUGGAGCGAACCAAAGGGUAAUAGUUAGGGCAGUAGGACAACAAAUUAUCCCAGGUUAAUGGUCUUGCAGCAUCUGGGAAAGGGUGGAGGAAAAGCAGACACAUUCAAUUCCAAGCAGCAGACCUGUGACUGGUCUUCUGCCCCAAAUGAAUAAUACAACUAGCUGGACAUCAGAGCAGUGCUACUCUUGCUGAACUGAUGAAUUCAGAACAGUUGAGGUGUGCCUGAGCCCAUGAAAGCGUAGCUUCUCCCUAAAAAUACAAUCCCCUAAUAAUAAAUCAUGUACUUUUACAAAUGA